CGAAAAUGAACAUGACAUGACGGAAGCACAGAAACAAACAUGAGUCCUUUAUCACCAUAUCCUCUCCACGUGGAUCAAGACGGACCAUAUGUAUACCAAACAGCGUCUGCGUGACCUCGUCGAGUCGGUGGACUCGUAUAUUAACCAUGGCAGCAAGCAGCAGAUCCUACAUCAAAUGCUCAAGGAUGGCCGAGAGAACGGUAUAAAUGCAGAGGACUCGUCUCGGUGUUUCCCCUCACUUGUCUCGACAGAACAUCAACUCAUCGAAAACCGCCAUCAACACAAUCGUCCUGGUGCACCUAUCGUGCACUAUUGGGCGUUUCUUUUCUCAGUCAUCAAGAUGCGUUUCGCCGCACCUCUCGCAGCCGUCGUGUCUAUUCUGGGCUCCACACGAGGUCUCGCCGACUUGCCAGCGCCUCCAGCACCCGAGUCGUUCAGCGUCGUCGAGCUGCCUCUCCCCCCGGUGGCGCCCACCUCCGGAGAAGGCGCUUGUACCCUUGAUAUCAACCCACAUGGCACCGGAUGCAUUCCCAGAGCUCUGGACGCGUUCCAGGCCGGUGGCUUCACCCCGGAUGGCCACCACGUUGUCGUCAACGUCGUCAUGGUCGGCGCCCCAGCUGCCCCUGAUCCGGCGUGCAUCUACACAGGCGAGCAGCUCAUUCUUGUCAAGGCAGACGACACUGUCUUUCCCAACGGAGAUCCAUGGAAGUGCCUGACCUGCGCUGUGCCCCCCGAAAACGCUAUCGCUCUGGACCCCCUGCGUAACUAUCCCCAGGCAUUCCGGAGCGGCGACAAGGUCCUGUGGGGCCGAAACAUUGUUGACUGUGACGUUGAACCUCUGCAUAGCGAGGCCUGCACAGCGGACAAGACGCACAUAUACCCCAUCCACUGGAACAGCAAGUCUGACGGGACAGGGUCGGCGCCUCGGGAGCUCCGCAUUCAUCCCGACAACGAGCACCUCGCGUGGAGCUCUUUCACUGAAAGGGGCGGUCAAUUCUGCUACCUUGGACGGCUGGAACUCAACCCAGAUCCCAAGGAUGGCGUCCCCAGGUAUGACCUAGCCAACGUGCAGGUACUCGUGGACCCGAAUGCACAGCCCCCCAUCGAGGUGGUCGGCUCAGAGCUCCGUCUCCACGAGGAUGCCAUCAUGUUAGGCGAACUUCGUGGGUUCAGCGGCACGGGUGAUGAAAUCACUUACGUUGGGCCCCCGGUCGAGUCCAACAACAUUGACCUGUUUGCAAUCCAUCUCAUCACCGGCAACGUUCGCCGCCUCACGGCCCAUCCAGACUACGCAGAUCCCAUUGCCUUCUCGUGGGAUAAUGAAUGGUUCGUGGCCAUGGACACGAGGGCCUCCGAGCGUCAAAUGUUCAUGUCAGGCAUGCGACACGUGCCGCCCCUGAUCGACCUGGUCGCCGUGACAGUGGCUUCCUCCACCCGCAACAAUGGGCCGCGUCGAUUCUUCCAGCCGAUUCUUGUAGAUCGUCAUGGCGAUCGGGGCGACUACUUUGGUCAGCAGAUCAACGCUGAGGGCGACGGCACGGACGGCGCCGUCAACGACCCCAACUGGAACGGCAGGGCAGACCCAGGCUUCUCCCCUGAUGGCACCAAGAUUGUCUUCUGGCAGGGUCUGGUGGUCUCUCCCUCUUGCGGUGGCCAGAACCCCCUGCCCUGCCCUGAGUCGACUGCCGAUGGUGGCCGCGAGUACCGUCUUAUGCUCGCCACGCGCCUGGAUCAUGAGCCAAAGGCUGUCCCUCCCGUGUUCGAGGUGCCCGAGUCUAUCCCCUGGGCCACCCCUUACCGCCCAGACGACGUCCAGGCGCCACCUCUCUACACGGUGGAGCCGGGGAACUACACUCUCCAAGGUCGGGCGUCGGGCGUGGCCCACGUCUGUAUCAUUGCCGGCGAGCAGAGCGUCAACGGCCUGCAAAGGGUGAUAGUCGACUAGGACGGUUACUCGGACGAUGGCGAGCACUUUCUGGACGGCACGGAGGACGUGACGGUCACUGUCCCGCCGCCCAACUUCUGGAACAACCGGGUCGAGUGGUAUUCUGAUUUGACACAGACAGGCGCUGUCAACGCCACCAAGAAGACGAGUCCAGGCGGGUUCUUUCUGGAGAUCGACGCCAUGCUCAAUAUUUUUAAUGCCACAGGGAACCUCACGACGACGAUCGAUGGCAUUGUGUAUAAGCAGCCUCUGAAUGGUGCCUAGUUUCCAGUCUGUGAGAGGAUGGCAGGCAGUGGUCUGGCGAGGUCGUGCAGAAGGGCUGGGGGUCAGGUAUAUGAACGAUAAUCGGCUCGAGUGAGAUUGCAUGUGCUCUACUUGUGGUCACCUCUCUCGUUGGGGUCCGAUGAUGACAGACGCGAACAUGGAC